GAGGGCGGGCAGGGAAUAAAGGGCGGCUCCGGGCUGGACGCGGGCGCGAGGCGGCGGGCGGCGGGCGGCGGGCACCCGGCCCCGGAGAGCGGACACCGCCACCGGACGGCGGACAGCGGGCACCGGACGCCCGACAUCGCGCGGAGCGCGCGCAGCCCCGCCCGCGGCCGAGCAGGAGCGGCGGCCCCCGGGGCCCCGGCCGCGCGGGACCAGACUGCUCUGCCAUGACCACAGCGCGGUACCGGCCCACGUGGGACCUGGCGCUCGAUCCGCUGGUGUCGUGCAAGCUCUGUCUCGGGGAGUACCCACUGGAACAGAUGACCACCAUCGCCCAGUGCCAGUGCAUCUUCUGUACUCUGUGCCUGAAACAGUAUGUGGAGCUCUUGAUCAAAGAAGGGUUAGAAACUGCAAUCAGCUGCCCUGAUGCUGCCUGCCCCAAACAGGGCCGCCUGCAGGAGAACGAGAUUGAGUGCAUGGUUGCGGCUGAAAUUAUGCAAAGAUAUAAAAAGCUACAAUUUGAAAGAGAGGUGCUCCUGGACCCCUGUCGGACUUGGUGCCCGGCGUCCACCUGCCAGGCUGUGUGCCAGCUUCAGGAGGUGGGGCUGCAGACCCCUCAGCUGGUGCAGUGCAAAGCCUGCGACAUGGAAUUCUGCUCCGCCUGCAAAGCCAGCUGGCACCCCGGCCAAGGCUGCCCCGAAACCAUGCCGGUCACCUUCCUUCCCGGGGAGACCAGUUCCGCGUUCAAGCUGGAGGAGGACGACGCGCCCAUCAAGCGCUGCCCCAAGUGCAAGGUCUACAUCGAGCGGGACGAGGGGUGCGCCCAGAUGAUGUGCAAGAACUGCAAACACGCCUUCUGCUGGUACUGCCUCGAGUCUCUAGACGAUGAUUUCCUCCUGAUCCAUUAUGAUAAAGGGCCCUGCCGGAACAAGCUGGGCCAUUCCAGGGCUUCUGUGAUCUGGCAUCGGACGCAGGUCGUGGGCAUUUUUGCUGGAUUUGGGCUCCUGCUCUUGGUGGCCUCACCUUUCCUGCUCCUGGCCACUCCAUUUGUACUUUGCUGCAAGUGCAAGUGCAGUAAAGGUGACGAUGACCCGUUACCCACCUAGAGGAAGGCAUGAUGCUGGAACAAGACCCCUGCCUCCGGGAAGCGUGGCUCUCCCCCACCCUACCCUGCUGUCCCCCUCUCACUAAACAUCUUUUUUGCCUUAUGUGCCCCAUUGAGCUUCACAGUGUCACGCUGAUGCCGUGAUUUCAGGGACUGAUGUCAGAACAUUUGCCGAGGCCCCAAUGCAGUCCCCUAGGCAUGGGGAAGGCAAGGCUGGCAUGGGAGGGCACGUCCCCACAGAAUCAGUCUCUGCAGACUUGACAAGGGAGGUGCUAUAUGAAGCACACUGGGCAGUUUUCUCCCCGUGGUGAUAGACUAGGAACGUCUGGUGGUUGCUUAAGAGACCUUCUUGUACAAAAUGUUGUCUGUCUCCUCCUUGGCUUCAAGAUGGCGCCAUGUUACUGAGAGAAGUCUUUUAAGGAUUGCAACUCACUUCAGACAAAAUCUGGUUAUUUGGACUUGAGAAAAGCACUCUGUUUAUGACAAUUGUUUUUAUUACUAAUGGCAUUUAGUAAAAUCCUUUUUAGAAGGUGUUUUUUUUUUUUCCAACUGAUUAGUGAAAAAUCAACAAGGUGCAUCUAAACCAUCCUAUGCCUUUCUUGAAAUGUGCAUUUUAAGAAGUUAUCGUUAAACGACUUUUCUGGCUCGGCCACUUUUCAGGAGAUUUAGAAAGCCUUAUGCGCUCUGUGUGUUUUUCUUGAAACUUGUAAUGCCUUUUUGAAUGCUGUAAGCUGCGUCCUGUUAUAAACAUGGUUCCUCUGUCUUUGCAUUUCUUUGAGAAUACUGACGUGUUUAAAGGAGCAUCUCCAUCAUUAGAUUUGCCUUUUGUUUUUUCUCUCUUUGGUGAUUCAGCUUAGCUCAUGGGGCUCUCUCUUCUCACCCAGGUAUCAGCACAUAUUUUUUAGCGUAUUCAGAAACCAGAUGUUUUACCUGGAAAUAGUUCUAUUGGGAAUCACUAUGGUUUGGCCGCUUGCCUCAGUCUCCCCAAGCAGACAGUAAGAAGGGAAUAGUGCUAUUGAUCCUCAGAAGCAGGGCCUCCUGGCAGGGCUGGAGGGCUCCUGGGGUUUGGGGGAGAGCUUCCUGGAUUUUCACAGUUCUUUAAAUGACUGAGUUAUUUUGGAGAAAUCAUUAUUGUACACAGUUCCAACUCCUGUUGCUGACCAAUUGCCCCUGCUGAAAAAGCCUUCCUUUUCACUUGGUUAAUUUGAUGGAGGAUUUUACCACUCGGUCUGUCACAGGCUGUGUGUGCCUGUUACCGUGGUAGCAGAAUGCAGAGAUCAGUGAGACACACGUUACUCAUCAGUUGACUCUCAAAGGUGGGGAAAGUGUAUUCUUGACAGUUGACUUUGAUAUGGCUUCUAAAGCCGAAUGUGCUUGUAAAGAGCAAACUGAUUGCCUCGAACUUGGGACUUCUAAAAAUAGUUGAAAGGCUAAUGUAGAUUUAUUAUAGCAGAACUUUUUAAAACUUACUAAGCAUUCCAGAAAGGAGUAAAAUGAAAACAAAGUCUGACUUUUAUCACACGUAUUUGCUUGUUGCAAACACCUUUGUAAAAUGUGGUGGUGUUUUGUCUCUUUGCCUUCUACAUUGUGUAUCUGUCUCAGGUCCGGGUUUCCCUUCCCCUCUAGAAAAGUUGUCUUUAUUUCUUAACAUUGAUAGGUUAGGAGAAACAGCAUCACCUCACUCUUCACCUCUAGUGUUUAUUUUCUUUGUGAAACUGAAGCCAUUUAGGAAACCAGUCUGUGUCAAAAUUAUGUUCAAAAAUUUCUCCUUAUAAUUGCAGUUUAAAAAUUCAGUAACUAAAUAAGAACAUGCCUGAGACUAUUUUUCUGGAUGAAGCCUGGGCAGUGAAUCUCUGUAGCUGGGGAUGUUGCCAUAGGGUCUGGUGGUCGAAUGGCUUUUCUGGAGACAGAGACAACUCCAUGAGGCCUGAAGAUGACGUUGGUGGCCCGGGCUUGAGGCCUCAUACUGGGAUUUGUGAAUGCACUUAUCUAGCCAGUUCCCUUUAAAAUGGGUAUGGGUGGUCCACUGGGCAGGCUUCCACCCCAUCCUAGUCCA